AUGGGGACGUUCGGCGUGUUUUGUGCACUACUGCUGCUGAUGCUUGUUGCUAGGGACGCUACAGGCUCGCGCUACCACGACGACGACGACGACGAUGAUUACUAUCUAAAGGGUCGCUAUGAGUGUAAGGUUGUCCGUUUACUAAGCAGGAUCAAACACGAUGACUGGAAAACUGUCUCCUUCCGUGUCGACAAAAUGCGAGUCCUUGACGAGUUCCACGAUGGGACUUCUUGUCGCAAGCGCAACUUCGGGUUCAGUGGCCGGAAAGUGUUCGCCAAAGAUGGUUGUCGAGCUGACUUCGAAGUGUGCUACGAUUCCGACAAGCAUCACCACAAACGUCAUCCUGGACGCUGGCAUCGACAUCACCAUGGACGCUGGCAUGGUCAUAACCACAAAGGUUGGCAUGGUAACCAUCACAAAGGUUGGCAUGGUAACCACCAUAAACGUCGGCACGGUAACCACCAAGUUAGCAAGAAGAUACACCACUACCACCUUCACGGUAACUACUGGAAUCAUGAGCACCGGCCUCACCACAAAGAUUGGCAGUCCAACAAAGAUUGGCAUUUCAACAAAGAUUGGAAGCCUCAAAAAGAUUGGAAUUCCCAAAAAGACUGGAAUUCCAACAAAGAUUAUAAACCUCCAAAAGACUGGAAACCAUAA